AUGGUGCUCGGACGUUUGAGCCACUAUGCCUUUGACGCUGUCCUGCUUUCGGCAUUCCUCGCUGGAAUGAAGCGCUCGACCGGUCUGACCUUCAAAACCGACAAGGUCGCUGGCGAGAACAAGGAAGUUGGAAAGUGGGUUGACAAGUAUCUCGGCGUCGGCGAGUGGGUGAUGGACCAGUCCGUUGCCAUUGCUGGAUCGAGCGGCUGGUUCGACAGGACCCGAUAA